AUGUAUGUACAUCCGACAUCAUCUCGCUCUUGCGCGCUCCCUCUUUUCACUCCGUCGGCGUUUCGACGUGGGCGCAAUAUAUUCUUCGUGUCGGGAGGAGAGAUAUUACUGUGUAACUCGCACACAAACGCAUUGCACACCUUUCCCCUGCACACAUCCGAUACAGGCCUGGUGCUGCCUGACACGCUGCCGAUGUCCUGGGCGAACCUGACUACGCUGAGGACACUGGUGAUCGACUGCUUGGCGACCGGAGGCCCAGGCGCGCCUCCUCCUCCAGGACAGGGGACCAGCGGCGGCACCACCCCUACCCCGGAGGCCGUCGGCCGCUUCGGCACCCCUGCCCAGCUGGAGAGCCUUCGCGACUUGAUAACCGCAAAGAAGAUUGCUGACGGUCCCAACAUCCGCAAUAUCAGCAUCGUCAACUGCGGCCUCGAGGUGGGAAACGGGCCGGAAGGGGGGGCGUUUUGGGUGGGGCCCAUUCCGUGGACCUUUCCGCGCACCUCCCGCGAGGUUGCGCAUCAAGGUGGACUGGACUGUGCGUUGAACAGCGGGCUGGCCGUCAGCGGCAGCGCAUGCGGGCCAUUGAAGGACCGAUUGGGAAGCUUGGUUUGGGGAGGGGGAGCGGCAGAUGCGCGGACUGUGACUCUGUCCCCGACCUACCUGAGAAAGACGCAGGGCCAUUACGGGGAGCUUUGGAGUGCCUACCUGAGCGAUGUCCAAAUCGUCAAUCUGAGCGGUAACUCACUGACCGGCGACUUCACGUCCAUUGACUACUUUGACAAGCCCUGCAACGACACCUUUGCGGGUGACGACUACGGCGACUCGGACUGCUCUUCGAUGCAGACCCUGGAUGUGUCCAAUAACCGCCUCGCCGGCCCCAUCAGCACGGACGCGGCCCUGGGGGACGACGUAACGGACGCCAUCUGCUCCACCGCGUGCAUCAGUUUGGUGCUGGCACCCGGGGUGACGGACCCGGAGGUGCUGUGCCGGGCGCCCCUGGUCAUCUUUGCGCUGGACAAUCCGGGGCUGGUUUACCGGGCCGGCACGCGCUUUGGCAGCGGCUACGUGACUCGCGACCGCAGCAACUGGUGCUUCAUGCCUUCUUCCCGCUGGGUGCUGCCUACCAUGUGGGGCGUCUUCAUUCCGCUGCUGCUGGCCACGCUGGCCGUGACGCUUUACGCCAGGAUACGGCUCAAGCGAGUGCCCUUCAGAAUCAAUGCGCCGACGUUUGAGGUCCUGGCCCGGGGUACCGGCGGCAGCACGGGCUCUCUGAACGGCAGCUCGCUCGGCGGCUUGGACGCCGCUUCGCCCGGGAACGGUUAUGUGGGCCUUGCGAGCAGUAAUGCACGCGCCAUAGAGCUAGCGGAGUGUCAGGCCAUGAUUCCCAAGAUUUCUUCCGUCGGCGGCGCCGGCAACGGCAGACUCCAAGACGGCGGCGGCGGAGGCGGCGGCGGCCAUAGCGACAGUAGCAGCUACAGUACGAACCCCCCGGCUCACGUCAACCUGGCGCCGGCGCCGACGCUGCCAGCGGUGGUGACGGUGACGGUGACGGGGCUCUCAGGGACCAGUGGCGGCGGUGGCGGUGCCAGCCAUAGUGUUAACGGCUCUGGGAGCCGCUGGGGGUCGAUGAUACUUGCUCGCAUGGGGAAACGCGAUCCUAACGGCAUUCGCGUGGCGUUGACAUCGGGCUUGGUGGACAGCGCCGGCGGCGGCGGCGACGCCAAGCCGGGAUGCGAACCGAUUCGGGAUAUGGACGUAGAGCUGUACUGCACGUCAGAUCUGGAUCCAGGGUCCAGCUGCAGCGCCAACGGCGGCGCAAACUGGGCCCUGGAUCCAGCAGCGGCGGCGCCGGCUGGUGGCAGCGGCGGCGUUAGCACUGGCGGCGCGGCUGCCGGGGGCGAGAGCAGGUGGCGCGGUGUGCUUCGAGCCGUGGUGUCCCGGGCGCUGGAUAUCCUGGGCAUGCAGCUGCGCACGCUGCUCAUCUUGGGCAUGUUUGGGCUUGAAUGCUACUGGGCGUAUGGGCUCAUCAGGUACCGAGGCGGCUGGCAGCUGCUGGUGCUCAUCCCCAACUAUUUAGAACACACGUUGGGGGGCAUCGCCAUGCUGCGGGCCUUCAUGGCGGGCACGCAUGGCCGCUGGAAGUACGUGGCGCCGGUGCCGCUGCUGCCCUUCACCAUGGCGUCCGUCUACCUGGUGUACGGCUUCAUCACGUACCCGUUUGGCUGGGCGGACUUUGGUCCCAUAUCCUGGGAAAAGUUCAUCGACUUGAUGGACUCUUGCGGUGUGUUGAGCAGCACCUGCUGGGCCAUAUUCUCCAGCUUGGCGUAUUGGCAGGGGAACAGCGUCAAGACGUCUUACCAGUUCUUUAACACGGAUAUCUUCGUGGGAAUGAUGCUCAUGUGCUUCACGGACUUGCUGUCUACAGCCCACCAUUUAGCAAGCACCUUGCAGGUGCCGUUCAAGCAAUGGUUAAGACGCGAGUUGGACGUCCGGAAGGGACGAGCCGUUGUGGCACCGGAUAAGUCGCAUCGCCUGCAGGGCGACGGUGACCUUUAG